CACAAGUUGAAUUCAGCUGGAGUGUUGUGGUGAACAUCUGCCCGACAUGCCUCACUUCGAUCCAGAUCAACUCAGCCCCCUUUUUGAAAAUGAACAAGUAGAGCAACAGAGCACAAAUGGUGAGAACUGUAAGCAACCACAUUCUCUUUCUGUCUAUUUCCCUUGUCACUGUCCCAUCAUUUCUACUUCCUAUCCUUUCUCUUUUCGGCACGAAUACCAAUGGCAGCUUCCAUUUCCAAAGGCGAGUCCAUUAAUGUGCGUGUUUACAUCUUAGACCAGGAGGCAAACAUUUUCAAGACUCCUGACAGGCCAACAAUCAUUCUAGUUAAUUCGCAAAGGGGGAGACCCGAAUCAACUACGUUUAAAACUGCCACGCCGGCUCGAGCUGCAUGCUUUCCUCCUCCCAACCAUGUUAACAAUUGUGAUGGUGUCAGCGUCAGAGAGACGUUUACCCGGCGUGGUCGCGGUGUGUUUGCAGACAGGAACUUUGAAAAGGGUGAAAAUAUCAUCACUGAGCGUCCAGUAUUCUCGUGCGGUCGUAAGAAAACAUCAGCUAAGGACAACUGGCCAAUUGCGGAAGAAUGGUGCAGGCUACCACUGGAGCACCAGCUGAAGCUUCAGAACCAUUUUCGCAAACUGCGAUCGGUACCAAUAGGGAAAGACAAGCUUGGGUGGUACAGGGAAAGAAUGAUGAAGAAAUUCUUUCUCGAGUACGCAUUCUGCAAUCCCCAGAGGACAGAAGCCCACGUCUAUGCCUUGGGAUCCCACAUGAACCAUGCGUGCAGGCACUGCGCCAACGCCGAGCAAUGGACGGAAUCUGAUUCCCCGAACCGCAUUCUCGUCAAGGUCGUCAGGCCCCUGAAGGCAGGUGACGAAGUCCUCAUUAACUACAAUAAACAGCGAGGGGCUUGGUUUGGUUGUGCCAUAUGCAGUCCUCCUGGCCUGAGGGACCGGCUCGGGGAUAUUCGUAGUAGCAUUUCUCGGUUGAUUUCUCGACUUAAAAACCCAGAGGACCCUGUCUUUAUGUAAUGGGGACAUACAAACGAUGCAGUCAAUUUCAAGGCAUCAGGCUGCUGACCGACUGCUUGGUCGCGAGACCACGAAAUUUCGGAAUUAGCGACAAACUGGGCCCUGGAAGCGUUGGUAGAGGUAUCACUUGUGCAUUUGAAAGGCGCAUUAUGGUUGGAGCGAAGCGGGAAAUGGUUUUUAUGUAUCAAC